GGCGGGUCGGGCCCGGGUUGGUGUCUUCUCAGCUGCCCGCGCUCGGGGACCCGCCGGGCUGCCCCGCUGGACAGCGCGCGGUGUGGCGGAGGUCCCCAGGCAGCUGCCUGGUGCCCUGGGCUGGGAGGAAUCGCUAGGCAGCGCCCCUCCCAUGUGAACAGCCCACCGCUGGGGCACGCGGAGACGUGCUCCCCUAAGUCCAGUGUCCUUCUUGGGGACACUGUGGUUAAUCUGUCACCUGCAAGGUGCUGGUAGUAAGGGGGAAAGACAGGUGACUCCGGGCCCUGGGCUCUCACACAAGGAGGAAACUAACCAAGACACAAGAGGACCCCAGACCUGGGAGGGAGUGUAACGAUUCGAAAAGCAAAGUGCACUGCAGACACACAGCAGGGACACGUCCAGUGUUCUUUGUUCAGGGAACACUUCCAUGAGCAGGUGGGGUAUAGAUAUUCCUCAUGGUAGGAUGGCCAGACACGACCCCUGGCUGGGUUUGCCCCUCCCUGUAAAGAUUUUUUUACUUAUUGGAGCCUCACUUUUUCAGUAAAUAUAAAAUGCAUUUAAUUAAUAGAGCUUGAAAGAUAAGCUAAAAUAUUUCCAAAGGGGUGACUAUCAGGAAAACAUUAACGUUUUAGUCUUACUUUCCAUUUGUUAAACAUUCCUUUUAUUUUUAUUUAUUUAUUUAUUUUUCUAUUGUCAAACCAGUUUUGAGAUUUGUUAAACAUUCAUCUUUACCUUUUACUUUUUGCCCCGGAGAAUGUGUAGUGAGUUUCUCAGGUCUCUUCCUUUCUAAAGUUGAGUGAUAACCAAUGGGAUUCCAGGGCUUAGCCUUGACAAUGUUCCUGGGGAAAAGACUCUCAGAGAAAUAGAGGAAAUCUCCCCUCCAGUCUGGCUGCAGGAAAAUGAAUACAUUUCCACAAACGUGUGUCACAGGAUUCAGUGGUCUUUGAGGAUGUAGCUGUGGAGUUCACCCUGGAGGAAUGGGCUUUGCUGGAUUCAGCUCAGAGGGAUCUCUACAGAGAUGUGAUGCUAGAAACCUUUCAGAACCUGGCCUCAGUAGGAAAAAUUUGGGAAGACCUUAGCCCCGAAGAUCAGCACACAAACCAGGGAAGAAAUCUGAGAAAUGACAUGGUGGAGAGACUUUGCGAAAGUGAAGAUCAAUGUGGAGAAGCCUUCAGCCAGAUUACAAAUCUUAAUCUCUACAAGAAAAUUCCUACUGGAGUAAAACAGUAUGAUUACAAUGCAUAUGGAAAAGGCUUCAUGCACCAUUCAUCCCUCAAGAGUCACAUCACAACUCACACUGGACACAAACCAUAUCAGUGCCAGGAAUGUGGGCAAGCCUACGGUUGUCGUUCACACCUAAGAAUGCAUGUGAGAACCCAUAAUGGAGAGAGACCCUAUGUGUGUAAAUUAUGUGGGAAAACCUUUCCUCGUACUUCUUCCCUCAAUCGACAUAUGAGGAUUCACACUGCUGAGAAAACCUAUGAGUGUGAGCAAUGUGGGAAGGCCUUCAUUGAUUUUUCAAGUCUUACUAGUCAUGUGAGAAGUCACACUGGAGAGAAGCCAUAUAAAUGUAAGGAAUGUGGGAAAGCUUUCAGUUAUUCCUCAACUUUUCGAAGACACAUGAUAACACACACUGGAGAGAAGCCAUAUAAAUGUAAGGAAUGUGGAGAAGCCUUUAGUUAUUCCUCAACAUUUCGAAGACAUAUGAUAUCACACACUGGAGAGAAGCCACAUAAAUGCAAGGAAUGUGGAGAAGCUUUCAGUUAUUCCUCAGCUUUUCGAAGACACAUGAUAACACACACUGGAGAGAAACCCUAUGAAUGUAAACAAUGUGGGAAAACCUUCAUUUAUCUCCAAUCCUUUCGAAGACAUGAAAGGAUUCACACUGGAGAGAAACCCUAUGAAUGCAAACAGUGUGGAAAAACCUUCAUUUAUCCUCAGUCCUUUCGAAGACAUGAAAGGACUCAUGGUGGAGAGAAACCCUAUGAAUGUAACCAAUGUGGGAAAACAUUCAGUCAUCCCUCAUCCUUUCGAGGACAUAUGAGAGUGCACACUGGAGAGAAACCGUAUGAGUGCAAGCAAUGUGGGAAAACUUUUAAUUGGCCCAUAUCCUUACGAAAACAUAUGAGAACACACACUAGAGAGAAACCCUAUGAAUGUAAGCAGUGUGGGAAAGCCUUCAGUUUAUCUGCUUGCUUUCGAGAACACGUGAGAAUACAUCCUGAAGACAAAUCCUAUGAAUGCAAGCUCUGUGGGAAAGCUUUCUAUUGCCACAUAUCCUUACAAAAACAUAUGAGAAGGCAUACUGCAGAGAAACUCUAUGAAUGCAAGCAAUGUGGGAAGGCCUUCAGUUGGCCUGAACUUUUGCAACAACAUGUGCGAACACACACUGUAGAGAAACCUUACGAAUGUAAGGAAUGUGGGAAAGUCUUCAAAUGGCCAUCAUCUUUACCAAUACAUAUGAGACUGCACACUGGAGAGAAACCUUACAUAUGUAAGCACUGUGGGAAAGCAUUUAAUUGUUCUUCAUCCUUAAGAAGACACAUGAGAAUACACACUACAGAAAAACACUAUAAGUGUAAUAUGGGACCUCCUCCUGCAAAUGGAUUCAUGUACAAUGCUUCAGAAAAUUCACACCAGGAGAAAGAUCUUAUAAAAGUUGUAAAUGUGGUAUUGCCUUUAUGAGUACCUCAUCUUUAAAGUGAACAUAUAAGGAGUGUAUUUAUACCCUAUUUACAAAUAAAUAGGUGAAAUAAUUCUCUAAAUACCAUUAGCUUACUACAUAUAUGUGAGCGAGUAGUUUUUUUUUUUUUUUCUCACAAUUUGGUAAAUAAAACUUUUAUCUUUACAGUUCAUUGGACUCAUGGAUGAUUUGAAGUGUAUUUUAAAUAUACAAGUAGGUUUAAUUUUUACUUAGUUUCUUAAAUUGUUCUCUAAGGAGUUAUUGGCACAAAGACACUUUGGUAUUUGUUGUAUUUUUUUUUUUUUACUGAUAAAUGUAGCAGAUACUGAAAGUAACUUACCUAUUUUAUUUUCAUCCUUUCUUAUUGGGAGAAUCUUUAUUUUAUUUAUUAUUCCAUUUCCCUCCUAAAAAAUAACAGAAAUUUGUAAUUAUGCAAAAUUCUUCAUAGAGUAUAGUCUCAAGUGAAUUGUCAUUUUUAACAUUUGCCGUUUACUGCUUGUCUUUCUUUGCUUGUGAUUAUGAAGUGGACAAUAGGCAUUGACUUAAGAGACACCUGGGAUGUGACAAUGAAAUGUACAGUUGGAGAUAGUUCUGCUGGCUUGUGGUAUGUCAGUGUGGAUAAUGUUAGGAAAAGCAUUUGUAAGAAUCCCUUCUCUUGGCCGGGCUCGGUGGCUCACGCCUGUAAUCCUAGCACUCUGGGAGGCCGAGGCAGGCGGAUUGCUCGAGGU